CCAAAAUAUUAGCUGUAUAUAUACAGCGGCACCAAUUAAAUCGUCCGGCUGACUAUGCUAUACCGCUAUAAGAACAAUGUUUUCAUGAAACACACUCCCUGAGACAGGAUUCGAAUUUCUCGAUCAACAAUCUUCAUCAUCUUAGAAAUUCUUUGAUGAUAUCUAGAAGACACUGUUUAUAACAACUUCAGUUGCUUCUGGACGCGGAAGUGCGGAGGAGGCCAGCCUAUCAUGUUUAACAAUUAGGGAGAUGUAAAAUCAUGUCGGGUAAAAGAAGUAUCAUUCAAAGGAAACACUCUCACGAAUGUGGAGUUCCUGAAAAGAGAUCAAAGCGGCAAACUGACAAACUUGCUGGAAAGAAACCUUAUGAAUGUGAUGUUUGUAAGAAGAUAUUUACACGAUCUACGGGGCUUGUAAUCCAUAGUAGAAUACACACUGGCGAAAAACCUUAUGAAUGUGAUGUUUGUUACAAGGCAUUUAGACAUGCUAAAACCCUUAAAGUUCAUAAGAGGACACAUACUGGAGAGAAACCUUAUGAAUGCGAUGUUUGUAAGAAGAUAUUUGCACGAUCUGCGGGGCUUGUAGUUCACAAGAGAAUACACACUGGCGAGAAACCUUAUGAAUGUGAUGUUUGUAACAAGAGAUUUAGACAAAGUGGGGGGCUUGUACUGCAUAGUAGAAUACACACUGGCGAGAAACCUUAUGAAUGUGAUGUUUGUAACAAGAGAUUUAGACAAAGUGGGGGGCUUGUACUGCAUAGUAGAAUACACACUGGCGAGAAACCUUAUGAAUGUGAUGUUUGUUACAAGAGAUUUAGACAUACUAGAACCCUUAAAGUUCAUAAGAGGACACAUACUGGAGAGAAAACGUAUGAAUGCGAUGUUUGUAAGAAGAUAUUUACACGAUCUACGGGGCUUGUAGCUCACAAGAGAAUACACACUGGCGAGAAACCAUAUGAAUGUGAUGUUUGUAACAAGAGAUUUAGAUACACUACAAACCUUAUAGUUCAUAAGAGGACACACACUAGAGAGAAGCACAGAAAGGGUCAUUUGUUGUGCAAAAGUUGCAAUAAAGAGAUUGACCAGCCACAAGAUUUGCUGGAUUAUUUUGUUAAAGACGAAAACAUUGGAUACUGUACUUGUAGUAUUUGCAAAAAGCAGCAUUCAGAUUUCAUGCAAUUAGUGCAACAUAUAGCGAAGGAACAUGGCAAGGAUGGAAAAUAUCAAUGUGCUCUUUGUCAAGAACUUGAAUCAACAACACCAACUGGUGUCGGAUAUAUAUGUUGUAUCUGUGAUGUUGUGUUUGAUGUUCCCAGAGAACUUGAAGACCACAUGAUUGCUCACAAUAAUGAGGGCUGACUAUGUUUUAUUGCUGCUUUUAGUUAUUCAUGUUAUAUGAGCAAGCUAAAACAUUAGAUUUAUACAAUAAUACAGGGUUAGAGACAGACUUUCCUUUGCUUGUACACAUAUCGAAAAUGCUGCCAAUGUUUGCAGCAAACUCUGUUUCAGAUUUUGUUGGGUGUUUUUCACAAGCCUUCAAUUAUUUGCAUGGCCAAAUUACAUUAUUAUUAUCAACAAACAUUAAUUUGUUCUAUUUACCCAAAUUUGCAAUUCAUAAUAGUUAAAGGCUUGUUAUUUGUUAAA